AAAAAAAAACAGAAACAAAAAAAGUUCUCUCUCUCUCCAUUGAUUUCUUCUACACAGACAUCUCUACGAACCCCCAAACUCAUAUCUCUCUCUCUGUCUCUCUUUGCUCUUCAUCGGAUCUGACUUCUUCCCGAAAACCCACAAUCUGAUUCUUCGAAUUCUUCAAUUCAACGACAAAACCCCCAAAUCACAAAUUCCCCAACCAAAAGUUUCAAUCUUUUGACUUUGAGACACACAAAAAUUUAAAGUCUGCGUUUUUUUGGGGACUUUUGUUUCUGUUUGAUCAAAUUCACCGGCGAAGGAAUUUUCCGAUGGGAAUGCCUUCGCUGGCUUCAUUGCUACGACCAUGAGCUACCACAACGAGGAAGAAGAGGAAGGAGACACCAACGAUUGCUUCUACGAGUCUCUUGAUCGUUUAGCUUCUUCCUCUUCUUGCUCUUGUUCCGCUUCUAACUCUGAUUACGAUUCCGAAUCCUCUCCUCGGAUCUCCUCCGCCGCUUCUCAUGACUCUGAAGAACACAACGGUGGGGGUCGCCGCCGCCGAUAUCCAUUCCCAGUUCCUCGGUUUCCAAUGGGAGCCUCGAAGUUCGACGUUUGGAUCUCUGAACCUGCUUCUGUCUCCGAGAGACGUUCCAAGCUUUUAAACGAAAUGGGUCUUAGCCGUGACCCGGUUCUCUCCCGGUUAAAACCCGUUUCGGAUUCCAGCUCCAAAGAAACCGGAGCCGGCAGCUCCGACAUUUCCCGAUCGAUCUCGUGUAAUCAAUUGGCUCGGCGAGAUCAUGGAGAGUGUUUUGAAACUGUCGGCGGUUGUGCUUCUUGCAUCGUGAGAUCGAAAUCCGACAUUACCACUAGCCAAUGUGGUGAUCGUGAACGUCGAUAUACGUCUCUUGGUAAUUCUUGUUCUUGUUCAGUCUCUAAACUCUCUGUUCGUCAUCCUUCACAUUCAGAGAUCAGUAGAACCAGCCCACCAUUUGUCAAUUGCAGUUUGGGAUCAGUUAGUGCUGAUUCGUGUGAGAAUUCAUUGCGGUUAAAUGGAGAUACUGACUGUGUACUGAGCGAGAGUGUAGUGAAUGAGGAAGUGGAAGUGUGUACUAUAAAGAAUCUUGAUAAUGGGAAAGAGUUUGUGGUGAAUGAGAUUCAAGAAGACGGUACAUGGAAGAAGGUGAAGGAAGUGGGAACUGGAACACAGAUGACGAUGGAGGAGUUUGAGAUGUGUGUUGGACAUUCUCCCAUUGUUCAGGAGCUUAUGAGAAGACAGAACGUUGAGGAUUCUGAUAAGAACACGUCUAAGGAAAACGAAGACAGUGGGAAUAGUAAUAAGGAUAAUGCAUCGAAGUCUAAGAAGAAAGGAAGUUGGUUUAAGAGUAUUAAGAGUGUUGCAAGUAGCAUGACUGGUCAUAGCAAAGAGAGACGAAGCAGCGAUGAUAGAGAUACAUCGUCAGAGAGAGGUGGUCGGAGGUCGAGCUCUGCUACUGAUGAUUCUCAGGAAUCUUCUUUUCACGGGCCGGAAAGAGUUAGGGUUAGACAGUAUGGGAAAUCAUCUAAAGAGCUCACGGCAUUGUACAAGACGCAGGAGAUUCAAGCGCAUAAUGGUUCUAUUUGGAGCAUUAAGUUUAGUUUGGAUGGUAAAUAUCUUGCUAGUGCUGGUGAGGAUUGCAUCGUUCAUAUCUGGCAAGUCGUCGAGGCUGAGAAGAAGGGAGAGUUGCUACUUGAUAGACCGGAACUGUUGCUUUUGGCUAAUAAUGGGUCUCCAGAACCAACUACUAUGUCACCAAGGAGAAGAGGGAGAACUUCUAUAAGUAGAAAGUCAUUGAGUUUAGAGAACAUAUUUGUUCCAGAUUCUCUUUUCGGGCUUUCGGAAAAGCCCUUUUGUUCCUUUCAGGGACAUGUGGAUGAUGUACUUGACCUUGCUUGGUCCAAGUCUCAGUAUUUGCUUUCUUCAUCAAUGGAUAAAACAGUUCGUUUGUGGAACUUGUCCAGCCAGACUUGCUUGAAAGUAUUUUCGCACAGUGAUUACGUGACUAGCAUCCAAUUUAAUCCGGUCGAUGAUAGAUACUUUAUCAGCGGAUCCUUAGAUGCAAAAGUUCGCGUCUGGAGCAUUCCAGAUCGUCAAGUAGUUGACUGGUAUGAUCUUCAUGAGAUGGUCACUUCUGCUUGCUACACUCCAGAUGGUCAGGGUGCGUUGGUUGGUUCAUACAAAGGUAGCUGUCGCAUGUAUAGUGCAUCAGAUAACAAGCUGCAACAGAAAAGCCUGAUAAAUUUACAGAACAAGAAGAAGAAAGCUCAUCAAAAAAAGAUAACUGGUUUCCAGUUUGUGCCUGGGAGCUCAUCUGAAGUGCUUGUCACAUCUUCCGAUUCAAGGAUCCGUGUUGUUGAUGGAACUGAUCUAGUUAACAAACUUAAAGGGUUUCGGAAUACGAGCAGCCAGAUAUCUGCCUCAAUCACAGCAGAUGGGAAAUACGUAGUUUCAGCGAGCGAGGAUUCGCAUGUGUACAUAUGGAAAUACGAAUCCCCUGCUUCUCGGCCAAGCAGAAGUAACAACAACAAGAACGUGACGGUCACAAACUCUUACGAGCAUUUCCAUAGCCAAGACGUCUCUGCAGCCAUCUCAUGGCCCGGAAUGGCUUCAACAGAAAACUGGGGAACUCAAAACAGAGCCGGGUUUAACGGAAACACCAAUAAUUUUGACAAUGCCUCCACAGCUAACCAUCCGCCUACACCCGUAGACCAGCCAGGGGCAGUGGACCGAUUAAACAGUCCAAGGAACGGGAUCAUUUCAAGCUCAACAAACGGAUACUUUUUCGAUAGAAUGUCAGCGACUUGGCCUGAAGAGAAACUGUUGUUUGGAAGGAACAGAAGUGGGAAUCGUCUGAGUACGGAUUUCUCGUCGUCAAAUGGAAACUCAGGGAAUGUAUCAGCUUCUUGGGGAAUGGUGAUUGUCACUGCAGGUCUGAGAGGAGAGAUACGAACGUUUCAGAACUUUGGUUUGCCCAUUCGGAUUUGAUAAAAAGUGUACAGAGUGAAGAAAAAUCGAGUGAGGUUUGUAUGAUUGUUAGCGAGCUUUUUUUUUUUUUUUUUUUUCCUAUUCUUCUUUGUUACAGAUUCGUUUCCAGGAAAAUGGAGAGAAAAAAAAGAGAGAAAGAAACUAUACUGAUCAUUGUAGAGUUAUAGACACGAACAGAGAGAUAUGUUUAUUGAUUUGGAUACAAAGAGAGAGAAAAAAAAAAAAAA